GGACGACAGCUGGAAACUUACUGAAGACUCGAAGAGAAGAGAAGAGAAGAGAAGAGAAGAGAAGAGAAGAGCGCUUGUGGGUUUAAAAGGUUUCAGACCACUUGAGUAAGAUCUUUAUUCCGGUCAAGGUCACGGAGGCCUUUCCCAGGAACACAGAGCUUCAGUUGCUGACCAGAGGCAUCUGGGGCUAUGGCCAACAACAACAGCACCAAUAGCAACAGUUGGACCAUUCUUGCUCCAGAGGUAAAGGAGUCUGGAGUAGAGAGCAUGGGUCCGCUGUCUGAUGGGCAGGGAAAACCGCAUGCCGAGCUAACUGUCACACAAUCCUCAGCAUUCGCAGACAUUCCCACAGAGCAAUCUCACCCUCCUGAUUCUCCACAGGUGACGCCACUAGAGAGCAGUGAAGAUGCAGCUGUUUUGCACAGUACCACUGCAAAAGAGGAAACAGCAUCCAGCAUCCCUGCUCAUGUUGAAACUCUGACUUCUUUGACCCCUGACCAUGGAGAGAAAGGUGUUGAUGAAUCCGCAGGCCAACCCCUUAUUGAUACAGAAUCAUUCUCUGACUCUUACACACACAUCGGCCCUUCGCUCGGGUCCUCUUCACUUCUCGGGGUUGCAGAAGAAGAGGAAGGAGAAGAAGAGAGAAUUUCACAAGGGGAAAAGAAGGGUGAGCUGUGGAAGAGUCUGAGAGAAGAGGGUACGUCAGAAGAGACCGUGAAUGAGGGUGAUGGAUUACGGAGGAGAAAUGUCUCUGUCCUGACCCCUUUGUACCAUCGAGAUGACCAGCAGGAUGAGGAAGAGGCUGAGGAAGAGCAGUUCAGACAUCCACUGAGAGAAGGAGAAGGAGACAUCGGGUUCACUUUGAACAAGUGCAUUUUUGGAGCGCUCAUUCUUCUGGGCCUAGGCACCAUAUUCUUCUCUGGUGUGCUCAUGGACCUGGAUGACGAAGAUGCUGAUGCCAAGGGCAUGAAGUAUCCAGAAGCGAAAAAGGAGAGGUUGAAUCCGGAUGCUCUAGAAGACAUACCUGGUGGUGUCCAGCCCCCAGAAAUACUGGACAAAAUGGCCAAGGGGUACGAGCAACUUGCCGGCUUAGAUGAACAGCUUCAGGAAGUGGAAUUAAGGGCUGCACAGGAAGUGGAGGAAGACACCAAGGAGAGACUGUGGAGAGAGGAGCUGGAGGCAGAAAACCAGAGGAUAAGAAAAGAGAUGGAUAAACUGCCUGUCCUUCAGAAAGAGUACGAGCAAGAAAAAGAAAGGGUAAAGAGAGAGAGUGAGAGGUUCAUUAAGGAGCUCGAAGCACUUCCAGUAUUGCAGAAAGAGCUGGAGCACCUAAGGGAUAAAGUUACGGAGCUCACGCAGAAUAAAGCGAGCGUGCAGGCUGGGACGCCCUCUGCUGGACAAGAAGAGGUACCUGGUAGUCCGGGGAGGAAAGAGAAAAAGGAUAAAAAAGCUCCGCAUAAAGAGAAAGAUCUUAGGACAGAAAGUAAGGAGUGGAAGAAAGAGAAAAGUGUAAAGAUAGAUGAGCAAGGUGGCAAGGGGAAAAGCACGAAGGAUCGUAAAGAGUGGGAGAAAGAAGAAGACAAGCAAGGGAAGCACAAGGGAGAAGGGAAAAACAAGCAAAAAGAACAUAAGCAAGAAGAUACCCAAAGAUGGAAGCUUGAUGGAGAAAAAAGAAAGCUUAAGGAAAGGAGUGGGAAAGGGGAGUGGAAGGGAGAGAAGAAGGAGAAAUAUGGAGAGUUUGUUGACAGGAAAGGAAAAGAAGAUAAGGAGUUAAAGCAAAAAGCCUUGAAAAAAGAGGAAGACUGGAAAAAGGAUAAACAAGCUAGUAGGAAUAACAAAGAGUGGAAAGGGAAAGGUGAGAAAAAGAAGGACUGGAAAGAGGGAAAAGAUUGGGUUGAUGAAAAAGAGAGAGGUGUAGCAGGUGAUGAAAAGUACAGUGAGAGAAUCCAAAAGGAGAAAACCAAGAAAGGCAAGAAAGAAGAACACAAUGACGACGUUGGAAAAAAACAAAGAGGGGAGAAGCACCAAGGGAAAGAGGGGAAAGAGAAAGACAAACCGAAAAGUAAACAGAAAACGGAAGGAUGGAAGGAGGAGAAAAAAUACAAAGACAAGAAUCCUAAAAAAGAGGAGAAGAUGAGCAGCAAAGGCAAACACGAGGCAUCACAUCAUUCAUACAGUGACCAAAAACACAGCAAAGACCACGUGCACGUCAACUACUGGGAUAAACAGAGGGAGAAGAUCCGUCACUUUUACGGGUCGACGGAAGAGUGUGCUGAUGUCGCAGCUUGUGCACGCGCAGAGGGGCUUGCUCCCGUUUCCCAACAAGAUUUCGAGACAUUCGUCUCUGGUUAUUUGACGAAACUUCAAGGACAAAGGGACCAAACUUCCAGAAAAGAGGAACUGAGCAAGCUAAUCAGCGAGUUCUUCACUAACGGAGUCUUCGUCCACGACCAGAUACCAUUCAGUGAGUUUGUGGAGGAUGUGGAGGACAUUUUGGAAGACAUGGCAGAUGAUGAUGAUGACGGCGAUGAUGAUGAAGACGAAGAGCUAGAGAAAGAGAUGAAUGGAUUUGCAACAGAGGCAAUGGAGAACUUUGUGCUUCGGGAGAAAGAGGAAGAGAAAAGAGGGGGAAGUGGAAGGAAAAGGAUGAAAGGGUAAAAGGGUAGCGUUCUAGACAGGAUGUCGAUUACAGUGUGUCGUGUGUAGUUCUAGCACUGAAGCCUAAAGCGUAUCAUUUGUAAUAUAAGGGUUCCACAUUUACAUGCACCUGUUUGGUUCAACACACGGAAAUCUAAGCACUGCUACUGUAAAACUUUCCUGGCUGUGUGUGUGGGAGAGUGUGUGUGUGGGAGGGGGUGUGUGUGGGAGGGGGUGUGUGUGUGUGUGUGUGUGUGUGUGUGUGGGAGAGUGUGUGUGUGUGUGUGUGUGUGUGUGGGAGAGUGUGUGUGUGUGUGUGUGUGUGUGUGUGUGUGUGUGUGUGUGUGUGGGGGGAGUGUGUGUGUGGGGGAGAGUGUGUGUGUGUGUGGAUAUGUUCUGUAACAUGAUACCAGCUCUGCGGUUCAUACUUGAUGACAUGAGAAAAACUCUGUUAAUUACUCCUUAAAUCUGCCCUAAAUGUCUGCAUAGAGAGUGUGUGUGAGUGUGUGUGUGUGAUAGGGAGUGAGUGUGUGUGUGUGUGUAUGUGUGUUGGAGAGAGACGGAGACGGUGUGCAUGAGCGGCUGUGUGUGGCCGCGUUUGUGUGAGAGAGCGAGUGUGUGUGUGUGUGUGAGAGAGAGAAAUGUCACUUCCUGUUAGUGACGACUGGUCCAGUUAUUUUAGUUUGUGUUAUGUUUUCCAUGAACAACUAUCUGUCACCAUAUGAAAUAGACCAGAAUAGAAAUAUGUACAUGAGUUUUCAUUGCAAUUAAAGAGUUGCUUUUCUUAUGCAUCAUAGAAUGUUCAGUAUACAGUAUGGCUAAAAGAUUGUACACCCAUCGUGUUGAACAUCUUAUUGCAGAUUUAGUCCCCCUUUGCCGUUAUUAUUUCCCCUUUUGUGUUCAUUCAGCCACAAGAAUCCAUCCAGUGGGUGCAACACAUCUGAAAGUGUUCAGUGGGAAUGAGGUCAGGGCUCUGGGAAGUUCUUUCACUCCAAGCUUCAAGAGCCAUAUCUUCAUGCAGCUCACUUUGUGUGCAGGGACAUUGUGAUGCUGGACCAGGGGAAUUAAUAAAGACACCGCAGACAGGGACAUUCUGUACAGUUGUGUGCUUCCAAUUUUAUGGCAACGAUUCUAGGAAGAACUACACAUGGGUGUGAUGGUCAGGUGUCCACAUGCUUAUAAAGUGUGUUGUUGUUGUUUUUGUUUGUUUGUUUGUUUUUUUUUUUUUUUGAAAAACAUCACUGGCUUUAUGUGGUUAGAAGAAGAAACGGCAUUUAUUCGUCACAUAUAUACAAUACAGCGUAUAUCCUAGCGUAGGACGUUGGGGUGCUAGCAGUGCUAAGAUUUCUUCACAAUGUAUGUACUAUAAUUCCUGUUCUGCAUCACAUUUCCGAUUGUGUGUGUUUUGCUUAUUUAUUAAUUUUGUUUCUGUUCUUUGUUCUGUUUUAGCUUUGUGUUGUUUUAAAGAUUGAGACUUGUUCAGAAAGUAAGUUAUUAGUAUUCUUACACCUACUGUAGUUCAUAUUUUCUAGAAUAGACAUGCACCAGCAUGGACUCUUAUUUUGGUGUAUUGCACUUCACAGUUCGUUUUGUUUACAGUUGAAAAAACUAUCGUCACUCGGUACAACCUAUUAAAAUAUUUGUCCACAUGUAUGACAAAAUAUCUAUCUUUUAUUGAGAAUUACAAAGCUAUGAAGGUUUCGAUUUGAAAUGUCUUACCAUGAUCAUUCUUAAUAAAAAGUGUACAAAUCUAUGUCAAACACACGGCACAGAUCUGAACAAGAAAUUGCAUUUUAGUUCAGAUGUUAUUAACCAGUUAACUAUACUGUUCAGAUACUUGUAUUAUGCAAUAAUUUAAUAAGCACCAUGAGUACUAGGGAUCAUGCAUCAUGCUAAAACGUCUGUGCUUGGGAAUAGAGAAUAUCAGGGAACACAGUAAACCAUAUUUCUUGUAAUUAUCUUUUCAUGAAUUCAGUCAAACAAAACAGCGAGUUUAAAAUAGCAACCUGCUGGUUUUUCAGUUCUGCUUGUACUUCUGUGGUGUAACCGAACGCUAACUCAUGUGAAACUUUGCACAUUGCACAUUUCAUUUGUUCACGUUUCUCUAAUAAAGCUACAUUUACUCAA